AUGAUACCGCGUAUUACCAGCCAAUCAUUAUUCAAAGCGAGCAGGAACAGCGCUUCAAGGGUAGCGCCUUCUUCUGCAACUUGCUCCGCCAACUUGCUCCGUUUCAGAUCCACAAUCACCAACACAGACCCCAGCAUCAACAGCAGCCAAUUAACAGAGUUGGAAGAGCAAGACAUUCGAUUUAGAAAACAGAGAGAGCUCGAACUUAAGCUAACCAAAAUCAAACAUUAUGGAGAGCUUUUCCCCGUGCAUACCCAUCCGGGCUCAACUCAUUACAAGAAACCCGUCCAUGAACACUUGCACAAGGGACGUCCCAUCAAAGCUCUAACUGUGCCCCUCAAGAAAACCAGCGGUAGAAACAACUCGGGCCAGAUCCGGGUGCGUGGCCGUGGUGGAGGUCACAAGCGUCGAGUGAGACUCGUGGAUUUCCACAGGUACGAGCCAGGCAAGAACAAAGUGGUGCGUAUCGAAUACGAUCCAAAUAGAUCGGGACACUUGGCACUUUUGCAGCACAUGGAAACUGGCAAUUUAUCCUAUAUUAUUGCCCCACAGGGGUUGCGUGGUGGCGACAUUGUUGAAAGUUUCAGAGAUGGCAUCCCUCAGGAUUUCAUGGAGGAAAUGAAGCGCAACAACAACGGCGAAGUUGACGAUGCCCUUUUAUCAGCUCGUGUCUUGCAAAGAGGCAACUGUUUGCCUUUGAAGAUGUUACCCGUGGGAUCAAUAAUUCACAACGUGGGGUUGAAUCCAAACAGAGGCUCGCAGUUGAUACGUUCCGCGGGUACUUUUGGCAAAAUCUUGGCCAAGGACGCAGCUAAAAACAAAGCUAUUGUCAAGAUGAGCAGCGGCGAGCACAGAUAUAUCCAAUUAAACUGCCAUGCCACUUUGGGCGUGGUAUCAAACAAGGAACACCAGUUGAUCUCGUGGGGUAAAGCGGGCAGAAGCCGUUAUAGAGGUAGAAGGCCUAUGGUUAGAGGUGUUGCCAUGAACGCAUGCGACCAUCCUCACGGUGGUGGUAGAGGUAAGUCCAAGUCCAACAAGGUGACUCAAUCGAUGUGGGGUUUGAAGAAGUUUGCAAAGACAAGAUUGGUGCCUAACAAAUUGGUGAUUAGAAAUAGGAAAGGCCGUAUGAUUAGACAUAAAAAGUAA